UAAGUUCUCCAGCUCAGCUCACAGAACUCCACAGAGACACACACAUGACGGCAGUAGAUCGACGAAGAUGAUGGCACCAGCACAAACUCAUCUGCUGCUCUAGAAAGCACAUUUCUCAGAUCUGUCUGCGUGACCACAAAGAAAAAGCCGUCGGAUGAUAAUCUGCAGGACACUGACUGGAAGUAAAUAGACAAGAGAAGGCGUGAGAUAGCCUACAAACGGGGAAACGACUCAUUCAACACCGAGCUCUUCUUUGAGUGCAACGUUUCGAGUCCACACAGGGAUUUUGUUUCGUUGUGGACAACACACCGUGCACGAAAGGAUCUGGAUUUAGCGGUGGGAGUUUGAGUCGGGAAGCUCCGUUUUAUUGAGCCAUGAAGAAGAACGGUUCAACAAAGCGGGGCCCUCAGGAUGCCAAUCAACAGCCCAUACAGCCCGACAAAACUGGCUGGAUUCGCAAGUUCUGUGGCAAAGGAAUUUUCAGGGAAAUUUGGAAAAACAGAUUUGUUAUACUGAAAGGAGACCAACUCUACAUCUCCGAAAAAGAGGUCAAAGAUGAAAAGAAAAUCCAGGAGGUGGUGGAUCUCACCGACUACGAGAGGUCUGAAGAACUUCGCAAGGCCAAAAGCAGGAGUAAAAAGAAUCACAGCAAGUUCACGCUUCUACGUUCACGGCAGCCAGGCAACAUGGUCCCAAAUCUGGUGUUUUUGGCUGUCAGUCCAGAAGAGAAGGAGUCAUGGAUCAAUUCAUUAAAUGCAGCCAUCACUAGGGCCAAGAAUCACAUAUUGGAUGAGGUGACAGUGGAAGAGGACAGCUUGUUGGCCCAUCCGACGCGCGACAGAGCUAAGAUACCCCACACUCGCCGUCUGCCCACCCGCGGGCAUCUCAUGGCUGUGGCUUCUACCACAAACUCGGAUGGCAUGCUGACACUUGACCUCAUCCAGGAAGAAGAUGUCCCCUCCACACAGUGUCAGGACUCUCACGAGGAUACCCUCGACAAAGCUGCUUCUCAGCGCACCCCAGAUUCCCAGCGCUCCAUCACGGACACCUCCAAGCUCUCGACCUGUAAAGAGACACCUGGAAAGUCCCAGAGUCUGCCGCGGAAAAGUGAGAGCGCCUUCGACUGGUCAGAGAACCAAAGGACGCCACAGUUCAGCAAAAAAAAUGCCACAUCUGACAAGAACCGCUGCGCUUCCAUGGAUGAGAUCCUGACGCACUGCGAGACGCGAGCACUCCCUCACUGCUCGACUUCAGCGCCCGUGCAGCCCAUCAGCCAGCUCCAGGAUCUCAUCACCCAGAAGCUAGAAAGAACUCAAAAACUGCUGACGGAGGUACGGGUGCAAGGCAAGGGGAAGAGCUCGCCGGCUGGGAAGAGCUCAACUCUGGAGGGUCAGCGGAUGGAGGCAGAGAGGCUUCUGGAGGAGGCAACGUCCACUUGGGGACAGGCUCGUGAUGUGCUGGAGGAAGUGAAAGAACUCCGAGCAUUAUUCAAGCAGCUUGACUCCGCCUCUUCCGUCACACUCAGUCCUCCACAGAACGGCAAACUAAACAGCCCUCAACAAGCAAACCACCAGAAAAGCAAGAUGUGAGAUCAUACAAAGUCCUCCAUGGCGCCAUUUUUCAAUAAACUCUUCCUGUUGACUGCUUUAGCAUUGCUGGAAUCGACAAAAAACGAAUAACAUGAGCUAUACGUGUAUGUAUGAAUUGUAAAAGAGCAAAUCUAGUUUCUUCCACUCCCUAAUAUCAGUGUCAGAGCAGAAAUACGAGGGCCUGGUGGUUUUACUAAACACAAGCUGUUGCGUCGUACCCGGCGGUAUCAGUUUUCACAGUGACGUCGACAGGGACAGUAAAAGCACCGAGUCAUUGAACGGCCCAUCAGGGUAAGACAGGGUGAGAAACACCAGACGGCGGUGAUGUUGUCAUCAUCACCAGCCAAUCACAAUGUGAAUGUUUUCCUUCUGAUUCAUAAUACACUGGAGGAGCUUCGUUUCGAAAUGGUUGCAGACCCCCAGGGUCAUUUGUGUGCGUAAUAAUAAUAAUAAUGCCCAGCACACUUGCUCUGCUGUUAACACAAACUAAGCUCAUAAUAAGAUGCAAUCAGGGUGCGGCCGAAGGCGUUUGGCGGGAACGAUCACGGACAGCAGAGCGUGUUCCUUGUCCGGGGGCACUCAAUAUCCCGUCAGAUGGGCUCCAAUUGUGAACAAAGCCAUGAACACGAACACAGAUGACGUCUGGUGCCAGUGUUGCUGUGGAAAGUCAGCUGCCAUUAAAGACGAGACUCCAUGCAGUAAAGGAAACUAUUAAUAAUUACACAUUUGCACUAUGGAGAAUGCUGUAAAAUGAGAGUGACACUGGCAAGCUAUCUUUUCAAACCUAAGAGGCAGAACAGACAAUCUACUGUAGGUAGGGAAACAUGGGGCGUGUAGCUCCUAGUCUUUACACCUAAGUGGUAUUCUGAAAAUAUGUUGGCAUCUCUCAAAAUCAAAAGCUGCCUUAGUGUAUUUUCAAAAGGGCACAUGCAAACUGCAUUUCAAACUCUUCAAAGACUCUGAAUGCUUGUAUAUUUUAAUUUUCCAAAAAUUCGCCUACAAGUUGCCUGCACCUCAAGAGAAGCUUUUAAAGCAGGAUUUUAUUUUGCUUGCGCUUUGCAGGAUUUUUGUCUCUGGCGAACUAUGCAAGGUUGCAUGGGUGAAACUCACAAUAUCGGUCAAGAGUCAUAUUUUGUUCCAAAAUUGCUUUGAGAAAAAGAAGAAAUUGUGUUUUGCUUAAAGUACAUGAAGCUUAUUUGUUAAUUUAAUUAAGAAAGAAGUAAAAAUUUAUUUUUGUUCUUAGUUUUUAUGAAAAUGAAGCACAUAUCCCCUCCCAGUUCUCAUUCCCUUAAUCAAUUUAUUCUGAUAAAUGCAAUAUAUAUAUAUAUAUAUAGUUAUACUAUAAAAAUAUGACUAUAAUACAUUACCAGUGCAAAACUGUCAUAAUAAAGAAAAGUCAUAAAGGAAAAAAUAUACAAUUCAUUAUCUUUAUGCAAUAUAUAAUUAAUUUUUUUUUCUUAAUUUGGGUGUAAGAUGUGACUCAGAUAGGUUUAGUGAGAUUCUCCCACAUAUAAGCUUGAAAUAAUCCACAUGUAUCAGGAUUUACUGGUAAUGUGCAGUACGGUGUUGCGUUAAACGACCAAAGGGUAUGUCUUGCCAGUAUAAAACACCUUGUUUUACAGUUAGUAGCUUAAUAAUGUGUUUGCACAAUUCUAUGGGUACAGGUCCGCCUGUUCUGUUACGAAGACUUGAUUAUAAACAGUGUUAUAUUUUUUGUACAUUUUAUUGUAAAGUGCUUUUUUGUAGACUUUGAGGAGAGUUUUUGCUUUUUAAACGUUUUACUUUGACUUUGACCACUCCCCUGGAAACGCAACUCAACUGGAUUUUCCUUGCUUCUGGAAUUUUGUCAUAAAAAAACUGUACAUUUUCGCUCCAAAGGUAAUAAAGCACAAAGCCUAUGGCAGUCCUUAGCUUUAAAAAAAUAAAAUAAAUAAAAAAUAGUAUAGUUAAUUGCUUUUAUUCACUACCCCUCACAUUUUAAAUUCUAUUCUUAUUAUAUUAUCGCCACACAGAUGCCAAAGGUUUUCCGUUUCUCAAUCCUCAUACAACUCUUAUCUCAAACAGAGCAAUGUUGUGUGAUCUUUUCAGGUUUAAUCAGAUGAACUGGUUUUGUUUGGUCAGCUGGCUGUUAUGAUCUGAUUUUUCUGACAGCGCCAGCGGAAGGUGAAUCUAAUUACCUGAGCAUCUGUCAGGUAGCCAGAAUCAUAUUAGAUUACAUCAAAACCAAUCCUGACAUCUCUCCUAUCGCACAGGUCCUAUCACGUACAAUAACAGAAACAGAGCCAAACUAUUUCUGUACACUUUGAUGGUCAUAAAUUAAUAAUUUAUGACUAUUACUUUAAGUUGACAUCAUAAACAAUGUGACUGCUUAGAGCUGAUGUUUCCGUCAUGCUUUUUUGAACUAUUUAUGUAUGCCAUAAGAUUGUUCAUCUGUUGUCACUAUUUUCCGGAACUUCUGCAGACCUUUGAUAAAAUGUGAAUGAAGAGAAAAAUCUCUCAUUUGGCUCUUGACUGUGUUAUUGUCGUCAGACUAGUAAUUUUGCAUAGGGAUGUUGUAUUUGUGAGCUAGUGGGUCACUGCCACUGGAAAAAAGUCUUAUGCAAUCACAAAGGAACUAACAAUUGAUUUCAAAUGACAGAGUCCGGCUAUUCUAAGGUUUAUGUUAAAGACAUGCACAUUAAUACAGAAGAAAACCUGAAUGUUUUUGGAAUUUUUCCAUUAUCCUCACAAACCCACAAUCUCUCAGAUGGACCGUUAGAUACAAGCUGCUGGUAAACAACUCAAGAUUCUCAAAUGUCUUUUCCGCUCUUGCUAAUCACAUUUCUAUGGACAAUUGUAAAUCUCUGUGUACAUUAUUUCACACUUCUGUAGCAUAUUGUAAAUGGGGGUCAGUUUGCAGUGUGGAGAGCAGAACCCUGUCAAUGGGUGUUUGUAAGCUCAGCACUGGCUAAUCUCUGAUGUACUUGAGACACAACCACUUGUGCAAUUAAAGUGAUCCUCAUUCAA